AUGUCACAGCACAGUGGAGACGAACGCGACAAUAUAGAUGACGGGAGCAUUCCAGUCUGGAUCAGUACAGAUUCUUCGACUUUUCCAGAUCAAGAAAAGUCUCCGUGGCAUCAAUACUCUUAUUAUCCCCCUGGGAGUCUGAGUAAUGACCAAUUGGCAUUAUUCAAGCAGCGCACUGAUCGUGAUCUUUCAUCAUCCAGCGAAAGUUACCCAGCUGGAUGGUUCCAUCCUGAACAUUUUGACUUCAUAUGGAAACUGAAGAAGGUUUCGGCAGUGUGUGGGGAAAAUUGGCUUCCUACCUUACUAGACACCGACGAAAAGUUCAGAUCUGCAACUUUUGUCGUCGUUGUGCCUACCGAUGAAGUUCAGGAGAACUACAAACCUGCUUCCUUAUCGCCACAACGAAGUAAAAAGAAUAAGGGUUGGAGUGAAGAAGAGGACCAAGUAUUCCUCCUUUUGGUGAAGGAUCAACUCGCACUGCGAAACCAGAAGCCAAGUCUAUCCCUGUAUGGUAGGAAAAUGUGGGCAAACAUAUUCGACCAACUGGAAAAGAAGAAGGUCGAACCACCGCGAACUAUGAAUGCAUGCAAGAUCCACUGGAGCAAAAACGAAAGAAAGAUGUUCAAUCUGGAUGUACGCAAACCAAAGUCUGAGAGCUCUUCUUUGACUACGUCGGUCCACGGAAAAUGA